AUCGUUGUUAAAUGCGCGCUGUGUUAAGGGGCCUCAAGCCGCGUUUCCCGAGUUAUCGCACUGGAAAAACACGCCACAUUUUAUCGUAUACUGUGUUCACUAUCAGCUGUUGUGAGCGAUGCGGUGUGCGGUCGCCAACACGAUAGUCAUGGUACGAAAAUACGAAAGAAUGAGUGGUCGCCAAUCCUGGAGUGAAGAAGAAAUGGCUAAAGCCGUGGCGGCCGUAGUGUCUGGCAAAAUGGGUUAUAAACUCGCCGCUAGGACCUACCACAUCCCGCGAUCAACUCUCCAAAGGCGAGCUAGUAAAGUCAGGUAUCAACAACCCGAUGAACCAAAACCUUUAAUGGGACACUACAGACGCGUCUUUACAGAAAGCCAAGAAAAAGACUUGGUCGGGUAUAUUAAGAGUAUGGAAAAGUUUUUUAUGGGCGUCUCUAGAAGAGACAUAAGAGAACUCGCAUUCCAAUACGCUGAAGAUAACAAUCUCAACCACCCGUUUGAUGUCAAUACUCGAAUGGCUGGCGAAGACUGGGUAAGGAACUUCUUAAAGAGAAAUCCAGAACUGUUACAUAAGUCAGAAAAAGAUUAUGAGCUCGAACCAGUUAAUUUCGAUCAGUUCUACCAUUUCAUGUGUCAAUCAUGAUUGAAAACGCUGCGGCUGCUUAGUCUUAAUAAAGUUCACGGUGAUGCCCACCUAAUGGAACCUCAAAA